UAUUUAUUAAAUAAUGUCCUGUGAAUGUAAACAAGUAAAAACAAAUCGUAACUACUACCGGUAUUAUGAUUCGCCGGAGGGAUGUGAUGUUUUCAAAAAGAUGAUGGCAUCAGCUCGAAUCGGGGCAACGGCCGGUGUGCUCAUAUCGACUAAAGAUGUGUUACUGUACUCUCAUGCUGUCGGUCUGGGACCUAUUCUUAGGAGGUAUAUGUACCACACUGCACCUUUAGCUCUAAUGGGCGCUACGUUCGCAGCAGUGGCUAACACCGUGUAUCAAUAUAGAAAAGUGGACGACCAUUGGAAUUACUUUUUAGGUGGCUUCGCAUGUGGUCCCAUACUAGCUGUAUACUUGGGCUCCUACCACGCCGUACUUCUGGGUGGCCUUGCUCUGGGCACGCUAGCGGCAGCCAAGAAGGAAUGCUUGCUGCACGGGAUCGACUUCUUACCUCAGAUAUAUGGUCACAUGCGCACUGUUAACCAUUGGAGAAUGGACUAUUCUAUCACUAAGGAUCCUCUUGAAGAAAUGCAACGCACUUGCGACCAGGGGAAAAAGAAGUGAAUUAUUUAUAUAUAUGUAUGAAAA